AUGACUGCAAACAAAUAUAACCUCACGAAUGUAUCGCAGCAGCAGGAAACCAAAGAAAUUAUUAUCGCAAAUCAGACUAGAGUUUCAGUGUUGUGUUCUGGCGACGUAAACAUCGUUACAGUAGUCAAUCGCGAAGAAUACGACGUUACAGUUACAGAUGUAUUGUAUGUUCCGAAUUUAACCACUAACUUGCUUUCUGUGAGUCAGUUGAUUAGGAAUGGCAACAAAGUAAUUUUCAAAGGAGAAAUUUGCUAUGUUUAUAAUCAACAGAAAGAACAUGUUGGCCAAGCAGAAUUAGUUGAUGGUGUGUAUAAAUUACAAACGUUACAAGUCGAAGAAAUAUUUGCAGCACCUGCAAUAACAUCAUGUGAGACUUGGCACCGGCGAUUAGGGAAUAUCAAUAGUAAUAGCCUGAAUAAAAUGAAAAAUGGAGCUGUAGAUGGAAUCACAUAUCCUGAGGUGGUAAACAUAGGCAAAUCUUCAUGCACUGUUUGUUGUGAAGGCAAACAAACUAGGUUGCCUUUCAAGAAAAGUUCAUCAAAAACAGAGGAUGUGCUGGAGAUUAUUCAUGCAGAUGUUAGAAUGGUAGAAAACCAAAAAGAAAAGAUAGUCAAGGUUCUUCGAACUGAUAAUGGAGGGGAGUUUUGUAGUCGUGAAUUUGGCCGUUAUAAGCAAGGUAUAGUUCACCAGAGAACUAAUGCUUAUACACCAGAACAGAAUGGUCUCUGCGAGAGGAUGAACAGGUCAGUAGUUGAAAAGGCCAGAUGUUUGAUCUAUGAUGCUGGAUUAGAGAAGAAGUUCUGGGCAGAAGCCGUCAACACAUCAGUAUAUUUAAGAAAUAGAUCAGUUGUCACGGGGCUGAAUAAUAAGACUCCUUAUGAAGUAUGGACUGGUCAGAAACCAAACCUAAGUCAUUUGCGUAUAUUUGGCAGUGUAGUCAUGGUUCACAUUCUCAAGGAAAGACGUUUGAAAUGGGAUAAAAAGGCCAACAAGCUGAUUUUUGUAGGUUAUGCAGAAAAAACUAAAGGAUAUAGAGUAUAUGAUCCUGUAACUAACAUUGUCACAAUCAGCAGAGAUGUAGUUGUCAUGGAAAGUCCAAACCAGAAAAUGGUAGAAAUACCAUUGGAAUGUAAGCAUCCAGUGGAGGUAACUGAGCAAGAGAAUUAUUAUGAAGAAAUUGAGAGCUCUUCCUCUAAAGACGGUUGUGGGUAUGAAACUUAUGUCCCAGAAUCUGAAGUUUCAGUGAGUACUUACAGUGAUAAGACAUUUGACACAGUCUCAGACCCAGGUGUUGAACCAAUUGAGCCAGAGCAAUUACCCAAACGCACUAGAGUGAGACCAGAUAGGUAUGGUUACAAUAACUUGUGUAUGGUGGAGUGUGAAGACAGUAGUCAAGGAGAGAUUACACUCGGAGAGGCAUUUAAUGGUCCAGAAAGUCAAUUCUGGCGAGCCAGUAUGAAAGAAGAACUAAAAUCUAAAUUUAAAUUAAAAGACUUGGGAGAAAUUAGACAGUGCUUAGGUAUGAGGGUCAGAAGAAAAAAAAGAUGA